AUGGUGCGGGCCGCCGUCAGUCACAGGACUCGACACGCACAGACAUACCAACUUGUUACAAAUACCACCUCCGGCAUGCGGAUAAGCUUUGCCCUAUAUGUCAUACGUGCAAGCAACCUGGUCACUAUUUCCGGCGCUGCCCUCACAAGGUUACGGCCGCGGCUGCAACAGUACCCGACACUAAGGAUGAUACUUCACCGUUCAUCACUGGCACGGACAUACCAUGUAGCAGGCACAGCACCCGCACACACCGAGACCCAAUCCAUUGCACAGGAUGGUACAGUGGAUGCUGUUCUACCACCGUCCCCUACACUACUCACGACAGCACAGUAUAAUGAGACGACACAGCAUGUCAAGACGACACAGCAUGAUGAGACAACACUAGACACAGUGGACUGUGAGCCCACAUUGGAUAAACAUGAAUGA